AAAAAAAAAAACAAAGUAAAUCGGGUAUGAUGUAUGUAAAAUAAAUAAAUGUUUGAAUUAACAACGUUUUAUAAAUAUAAUUGCAAAAAGAAAUUAUAUCGUGAAUUGGCCUUAACCAACUACUCAGGGAUUAGAAACAUCAACUGACAUCUCUGGCAUAAACACAUCUGGAAUUUUGACGUUUCAAAAAUGUUCGAUUGGAUGCUCCAAUCCUACAAACAAAACAAACCAGUGACAAAAUCAACCUUUUUAAAUUAUUUCAAAAUUGUAUUUUGAAAACGAUUUAUUAAAAUGAUAAUAGAAAAGUUAGGUAAAUUUAUAAUAAUUGAUGAAAUACGACAUAAUGCAACUCUCUCAGAAAUAUAUUUUUUGAGUUGUUUACUUGGCUAUGAGAUGCUUUCCCUAUCCGAAGAUUGGCCAGCAAAAAUUUAUACAUCACAGUUUAUUUACGAUAUUUUAUUAAAAAAGAAACCUAGAGUUCAUCCCAAAUGCUUUCGAGUCCUCAAAGCCAAUGUUCCAAUGAAAUUUAAAUCCAAAGACAAAGUUAUUUGGGUUACAAUGUUUGAAUCAGAUGAAAUGAAAAACAGUGUUAUGUUUCAUUUUGAUGACAACAUCAACAAAUAUUUGUACACUGGAGUUUUUAAUGAAAUAGACAGUUGCUUUGCAAAUGAACAUUUUAUGGGUUACAUGCAGAAAGAAAUAGAUUAUGUUUAUAUAAAUACGAUGUUGUGCAAUAGUAAUCCAUACAUUUGUACGAGAGAUAUAAUCGAUGAAAUAAAACAAAUUUCUCUGAAACAUCAAGAUUCUAAAAUAGCAGUGAUUAUACCAAAUUUUGGCUAUGAAAAACUUUUAAUUCAUCUUGUACGGGCGUUUCCGCAAAAUGUCUAUCCAACCAAAACUCAGAGAUACAUACUAACCAAACUUGGUCAUUCCGAGUAUAUUGGUACAAAUGGUCAGACUUGUAGAAUCAUAAUAUUUUUACCUGGAAUUCCUACUGAGUUCUUUGAAACCGAUUUUAUCACGAUAUACAUCACAACAGGUAAUUCAUCUACCCUAGAUAAUGAAUAUGGUGUUUACCUAAGGCAAUGGUAUCCAGCUGCAUCACUUAUGGAUCUCCAAGUUCUCUUGGAAAUGAUUCGACCAAAUCAAAUUGUUCCCAUUCUAGAAAACAACUUCGUAGAUAGCAUUGAUUUGCCAUUUAGCAUAAGAAUCCUUGCCAGAAGUGUCUCAGCGGGAAAAGAAAAAGAAAAGGAACUAGAUUCAUCAGAUACAGAAACCUGGGCGGAAUAUAAUUCUGUUGUAAGUGUUGAAACCAAUAACUCGGGUGCAACUGGAGGUCAAAAUUAUGCAACUACACUAUCAAUGCCUUCCACGAAAGCAUUUUGCCCGCAGGCUCAGAGCACAAAACUUCCAAUAAUUAAAAAAUCAGAAGCAUUAAAAAAAGAAACCCAGGGGCCAAUAAUAAAACCAAUUAAUACAAAAUUACCAUUACCUUUAAAAACUACAAACCUAACAAAACAACGGACAAGAGUUAUUCGUCAAAGAAAAGACUUUAUAUUUUCCGAAUCAGACGACGAUGAUUUUCAGAUACAAACAAUUAAAGCAAAGAAAAAAUGUUAAAGGCAUACAAUUCAAUAGUUAUUAAUUUGAUUUAUUAUUAUUUUCACAUUGUACUAUAAGUUAUGUAAAUGGAUUAAGAAUUAAGUUAAUUUAAAUGUUUUUCAGAUAAGUGAAGUGGAUUUUUUAAAUAUUAAAAUAAGUUAUACAUACACCAUUACACAUGUAUAUAAAAACUUAAAUAAAAUUUCAAAU